AUGUCAACCGUAGAUUAUUCAAACAACUGGCGCAGAAAAAGAUUGGCCAAUUACAAUAAUGAGCCAUCAAAGGCCGAUGUUUCUUCUAAUUGGAGAUCUAAUAGAGAUAACCCUGUCAUACCUGAUGCAGUGCCAAAUCGUACUAACCGAAAGAACAAUAAUAAUGGGAAAAAACAAGACAUGAAGCCUUCUCAUGAACAAUUUGACUGGAGUGAUCCUGAGGAAAUACAUCCAAACGGAGGCCAUACAAAAGUAAGCACAGUAAACGAUUGGAAUGAGUUUUCGAAGAUGAGUGCGCAACAGUCCACAUCAGACAACGAUCAAUGGAAUGACGAUUGGACUCAGAGACCAACACCUGAAAAAACAGUAAAAAAGACAUGGGAAACAGAAAUCACUUGGGACCUAGACAUAAAUAUAAUGAAGAAUACAUUCUCAAACGAGGCUUAUAACCAACCCCGCAAGCAUGAGGAGCCAGAAUAUGUUCACCAAGAUGAUAGAAAUAAAUUUGACAGACGACAAAUGUUUAAUCCAUACAUAAGCCCAAAGGAAAUAGAGGAUGGUCUGAACAAUGGCACAUUAUAUCAAGGUGAGAUGAGGUUAUCAAGGAAUAGACAAGACGCCUAUGUAAAAUGCGAUGAUCUGGAUUCAGAUAUAUACAUUGGUGGAUCCAGAGACCGAAAUAGAGCACUUCAGGGUGACUUAGUGGCCGUUCGUAUGCUGGAUGUAGAUACCAUUUGGGAGCUGAGAAAAAUACGUGAGACUGAAAGAGCUGAAAAGCGAAAGCUGCAUAAUAAUAGUACAGAUGUCGCACAAGAUACGGAAGAUCAGCCUGAUUCAGACAUGACAACCCAGAGUGAAGAUGAAGAAGAACAUAAGCCCAAGUAUGCUGGAGAAGUAGUUGCGAUCCUAUAUAGACCAGAACAUACAACAUAUUCUGGAACAAUUGUGCUCACCAAACAUAAGGAAAGUAACGAAAAUAACAACGGAAAUGAAGAAAACAACGUACAAUGCGAAGAACAAAAGGAACUACCUCGUGUUGUUUGGUUUAAGCCGACAGACAAGAGAGUACCACUCAUUGCUCUCUUUGGGCGUGAAAUUCCAAGUGAUAUUCGUGAAAAUGAGGAGUACUACAAGAGUCACUUAUUUGCUGCUGAAAUUCGACGGUGGCAAAUUACAGAUACUAAUCCAGCAGGAAGAAUCGUAAAGGAGAUUGGUCCGAUAGGUUAUCUCGCUGCUGAAAAAGCAGCUGUUUUAGCAGACAACAGUAUCAUUGACGCGGAUUUUUCUCCUGUUGCGCUUCAUAGCCUACCAGAACUUCCCUGGAGCAUACCUAUGGUUGAAUAUAAAAAUCGUCUUGACCUUAGACGAGAACGUGUAUUCACGAUUGAUCCAUCAACUGCAAAAGAUCUUGAUGAUGCAUUACACAUCAAGCCCAUGAAGGACGGCAAUUACGAGGUUGGCGUCCAUAUUGCGGAUGUCACUUACUUUUUAAGACAAGGGACACCUUUAGAUAGUGAAGCAGAGUGUCGUGGAACAAGCACAUACCUAGCAGAUAAGGUCAUUCCUAUGCUUCCUAGUGUACUAUGUGAGGAACUCUGUAGCCUGAACCCUGGUGUAGAAAGGCAAGUUAUUAUUAUAUUUUUAUGGAUUAUGGAUAAAACAGGCAAGAUAAAAAGGAAAUGGUUUGGAAGGACGAUCAUAAGAUCUUGUGCCAGACUAGCGUAUGAACAUGCUCAAACAGUCAUUGAAGGUGGCAGGCUUCCUGACAGUGUUUUACUAUAUGGUGAUCAUACGACGGAGGGCAUCGAAUUUGAUAUACGUACGCUAUAUGAGAUAUCUGUACAUAUGCGUCAAAGAAGAAAAGACGGUGGAUCGCUGUCCUUACAUUCAGUCAAACUCAGAUUUGAACUAGACCCCAAUGGUGAUCCUGUUUCUUUCUAUCGAGCAGAAUCCAAGGAAGCAAAUAAACUUGUGGAAGAAUUCAUGUUAUGUGCUAACAUAUCAGUAGCAAACAAGAUCCUGUCUGCUUUUCCUCAAGAAGCAUUUCUACGUCGGCAUGAAUUACCUAUCGAAAGACGACUUGACGCAUUUCUUAAGCUCACCGAUGCGAUCGGCCUAGAUUUUGACGGUAGCACGGCUGGCACUCUCCAAGCAUCUUUUAAUAAGAUUGAUAAUCCCGAUGUUAAAUCCGUUUUGCUUGUGCUGUGUAUUCGUACGAUGCAACGAGCGAAAUACUUUUGUUCGGGUGCUUUUGGUAAGGAGAAGUAUCUUCAUUAUGCCUUAAACGAGCCUGUCUACACACAUUUUACUUCUCCUAUUCGUCGGUAUGCUGAUGUAGUGGUUCAUAGAAUGCUGAACGCAGCACUCAAUCAUAAACGUAAAUACACGGAUAUAAAACGUAUAGCAUCUAACGUGAAUGACAUAGCAUGUGGUUACCAAAAGAAGCUUGUUCAAAAGAUUGCCUUCUCCUGCAACGAGAAGAGAACAAGAGCCAAGAGCGCAGAAGAUGCCGAUGCAAAACUUCAUUUGGCCAAUUAUCUAUACAAGUACGAAUAUGAGCAUGGUCCAAUCUAUAAAAAGGCAGUGGUGAUUAUGACAGGAAAGAGCAUGUUUGAAGUUUAUGUUGAAGAAUACGGGCUUGAGGCAAAGAUAUACAUGCAAAGUCUGCCUGUGCAUAAAUUCAGUUUUGACAAGAGUACGUUGCAACUGGUUAUAUUUUGGAAAAAGGAUACUCCAGUGACGAUGCAUAGCGAAGAAAAGGCUUAUGCACAAGUAAAAAUACGACAAGAUGAUCACAGUAGCGAUGAAGACGAAGGGGAAGACGAUGUAGAAGACGAUAUGGAGAAACUGUUACAAGAUAAUCUGGAAAACUUGAAGAUUUCAACACAAAAAAAGGGGAUCAAGAGUACAUCCGAUUUGAUCCCACCCGAGAUGAUUGAUGCUUCAGCAUGCACGCAAACCAUACAGAUGUUCUCUUUGAUUGAUGUUCGUAUCCAAGUGAAUAUAGAUGCAUCACCUCCCUUUAUUAAUGUUUAUCCAGUAAAUCCAUUUGCUGAGAAAUAA